AUGGCUCCAGCACAGACAUCUGCGCGGCCUCAGAGUCUAUCAACAUUGCUCGAGACUUUGAAUACCUGUUUGUCGACAACUGCCUCCUCCCUACCCAAGCCACACAAGGACGCGCCUUCCGAUGUCACGAUCGAGCCUCCCCAAGACGGCAUCUCUCUUCUCGACACCAAGAGCGAAAUUCUACUCUCUUACUUGCAAAACCUCGUGUUCUUGAUUAUCUUCCAAUUGCGCAAUGUCUCAGCGAAACAAAAUCCGAAGGAGAAGAAUCAAUCCACGGACAAGAACCUCGAAGAUGACAUCCAGAAAAAAUUGAUCGAGCUUCGGGUGUUCCUCGAGCGCGGUGUUCGUCCCUUGGAAGGGCGGCUGAAGUAUCAAGUUGACAAGGUCAUCAAAGCUGCAGAGGAUGCGGAGCGGACUGAGAAGACCCAACCAACCAAGGCAAAGAAAAGCCGCAAAGCCGCAGCAUCAGACAGUGGAGCCUCCUCCGAGGAAGAUGAUGAUGCGAGUGAUAGCGAUGAUGGAGAAGACAUUGAUGAAAUGGCGUACCGGCCUAAUGUCUCUGCUUUCUCCAAGGGAGUGGUUGAGCAAAAGAAGGCCAAGCCCUCCAAGGGUGCCGACGAAGGACCCGGAGAUGGCAUUUAUCGUCCCCCGAGGAUCAUGCCGACCUCCUUGCCUACGACAGAGCGCCGCGAACGCCAGGAUCGCAGACCUAUUCGAUCUAACGUCAUCGACGAAUUCGUCAGCGCUGAAAUGUCGUCCGCGCCUAUGGCUGAACCUAGCAUCGGCAGCACAAUCAUUGACGGUGGCCGAACUGUCAAGUCAAAGAAGGACCGUGAGCGCGAGGCAGAGCGUACCACUUACGAAGAAACCAACUUUGUCCGAUUGCCGAAGACCACCAAGAAAGAAUUGGCCAAGCGGAAUCGCGGAAAGGAUACCACGUAUGGUGGUGAUGAGUGGAAGGGACUCAAUGAAGGUGCGGAUCAUAUUGAGCGUCUCACCCGGAGAUCGAAAAGCAACGGUGCCGCCCUCGAGAAGAGUCGGAAGCGAGUGCGCAAUGAGGAUGGACAGCGCGAUGAUGGCGUGGGCAUGGGCCAAAUCUUCGACAAACGGCGAAAGAAGGUUGACAGCUGGAAGCGGUAA